UAUUACAAAUAAUAAGAAAAUAAAACUCUGAAAAGAUUGAAAAUGGAGGAAUCCCGCACAGAUGAUGUUGGUAGAGAGUGUAACUUUGCGUUCGCAUUUAACAACAUCAAUUUCUCAGACCGAAUUCUGAACCUUGAGGUUAUACCCGACCCAUGCCCUCAAUCCCAUUCUCUCUCUCCCAAUCGCAAGAGACGGAGACACUCUCUUACCAAAGUUACAUUUGUAGGUGAUGAAAUUUCGCACGACAGUGAUGAUUCAUCAUUGGGCAUUAGUUGCUCAAACGUUCUAAGAAUUAGGACCGUACAUAUAAGUUCUUCAAUUCUUGCAGCAAAAAGUCCCUUCUUUUAUAAAUUGUUUUCAAAUGUGACGAGAGAGUCUAAGCAACAAAAUGUGACUCUUCAAAUCCAUGAUUCUGAAGAGGGCGCGGUUAUGGACAUACUUAAUUUUAUGUAUGGUAAUACUUUAUCAAGAACCACGUCUGCUGCUGUAUUGGAUGUGCUGGUGGCCGCUGAUAAAUUUGAGGUAACCUCGUGCAUGAAGUACUGCAGUAGGAUAUUGAGGCAAAUGCCUAUGACUUGUGAAUCUGCUUUACAAUUUUUGGAUCUUCCUUCAAGCAUUCUGACGGCAAAUGCAAUUCAACCACUGAUAGAGACAGCAAAGUUGUUUCUUGCCACACACUACAGAGACAUAACAAAGUUUGCAGAUGAAGUGCUGAAUUUGCCCUUGGUUGGCAUUGAAGCGGUGCUAUCUAGUGAUAACCUCCUGAUACCUUCAGAGAAUUGUGUCUAUAACUUUGUGCUCAAGUGGGCUAGGAGACAUUAUCCAAAAAUUGAGGACCGACAACAAGUCCUUGGAUCACGCCUUGGUGGACUCAUUCGUUUUCCAUACAUGGGCUGCCAAAAACUGAAGAAGGUCUUGACAUGCGAAGACUUCCCUCCAGACUUUGCAUCAAAGGUCGUUCUUGAAGCUCUUUUCUUUAAGACAGAGACACCAUAUAGACAAUGGUCUCUUGCUGCUCAGGAUGUUGACACUACCUGCUGUCGUUUUGUGGAGCGGACUUACACGUAUCGUCCUGUGAAGGUGGUUGAAUUUGCAUUGCCCCGUCCGCGGUGUGUUGUAUACCUUGAUCUAAAGAAAGAAGAAUGUGUUCGUUUAUUUCCUAAUGCUCGAAUUUACUCUCAGGAAUUCUCCCUAGGAAAGCAGGGGUUUCUCUUGUCACCUCGGUGCUAUGAGGACCGGCAAAACUCAUCCCAUUGCUUUGGACUUUUUUUAGUAAUGCAAUUCAAGCAAUCAGUAUCUCUUCAUGUUGAAUAUGAGUUUUUUGCUAGAUCAAAAUUCACUUUGGAGUAUUUAACCAGGUGCAAAGGAAAUUAUACUCUCACGGCAGGCAAGUCUGUGGGGCAUAGGAACCUGUUUGGUAUACCAUGGACUGAAUUUAUAGCUGACAAUAGUCAUCACUUCAUCAACGGAUUACUUCAUCUAAAAGUUGAACUUACUGUUAGGCAAUGACUCCUUGUAGGAUUGAUGUUCUUUAUUUUCUAGUUUUUGGUGACUAAUGUCAUAUAUUUUCUUGUUUAACUGCGUUAACGAGAUGAAAGAGUAGGAUUUAGUGUAAUUAUACCAAUAAUUGAUUGUAGAAUAGUUGUGUAGAUAUUGACUACCAUGAAUUUGCUUUCUCUUUUA